CUCUCUCGCUUCGUUCCCUCCGCCCCUCUCCCUCCUCCCCGUCUCCUCUCUCACCUCCUUUUAAACCCUCCCCUUCGAUCCCUCCGCGUUUAGAUCCCAAUUCCCUUCGCCCCACACCUCGCGAUCACCAUGGCGUCGAUCUCAAUCCCGUGCCCUAAGUGCUCCGCCGCCGCCCGCGGAGUCGCGCCUCGGCGGAGCGCGGCGGCGCCGAUGAGCUCCGUGCUCUCCGUUUCGGAUGUUAGAUCCCUUGUAAUCGCCGGAUCCGGGAGGUUUCCUCUCUCUCAGGGCCAUGAAAAGAGACGAUUCCCCAUUCUUAAGGCCCAGGUUCAGGAGGUUGCUGUCGAUGUUUCGACUAACUCUUUGCCAGCCAAAUCCACCAAAUCAGAAAGUUUAUCCUCUGAUACCAAUUACUCUGAGGCACUCAACAAAUCCAGUGCUCCAGCUCCAGUACCAGAUUCAACCAUAUCUGCUUUUAUGGCUGAAGUUUCAAACCUUGUAAAGCUUGUCGAUUCAAAGGAUGUAACUGAGCUGAUGUUAAAGCAUAAUGACUGUGAGAUUGUUAUAAGAAAGAAAGAGGCUUUGCCUAUCCCUGCUGUAUCUCCCAUAGUCAUGCAACAUCCACAAGCUAUGUUUCCGACUCAACCUUCAUAUCCUCAAGCCAUUCCUCCUCCGCCACCUGCAAGUGCUUCUACAGCAGCUCCAGCAGCAGCACCGGCCCUUCCUCCUCCCACUGCAAAGAAAGGGAGCAGUUCAUCACUUCCUCCUCUGAAAUGCCCAAUGGCUGGAACAUUUUAUCAAAGCCCAGCACCUGGAGAACCUCCAUUUGUUAAGGUUGGAGAUAAGGUCCAGAAAGGACAGGUUGUUUGCAUCAUUGAAGCCAUGAAACUGAUGAAUGAGAUUGAGGCUGAUCAAUCAGGAACAGUGGUGGAAAUUCUUGCAGAAGAUGGAAAACCAGUUAGCAUCGACAUGCCCCUACUUAUAAUUCAACCCUGAAGGAGAUGAUGGAUUCUGGCUUCAUAGAGGAGGUUCAUUAAUCAAUUUACUUCCCUAUCUUUUGCGAGUACCAAGAAAUUAUUAUUUAUUCAGGGUCUUCACGGCAAUAAGGUAUGCAAUGAGGAAAGAAGCUCUGACACCAAAUAGUGCAAGAUUCUGGAGUACUUUUUGCUGAACUUCAAUUAUCGCUCAUCUGUUCUGUGUGCAUCUUAUAUCUGUGACUACUAGAGGGACAUUUUGUCCGUUCUAUUGGUUUUUAUUGUAUUAAUAUAAUCCCACAUGAGUUCAAAUUCUUUGUUCUGAAUUUCGAUAAUCUGCGGUUUGAGAAAUAA